AUGAAGGAAGCCAUCAUUCGUGCCGGCCCCAAGGUCGAGAUCGUUGACUCGCCCAUUCCCAAGGCCCAGAAGGGUCAAGUUGUCAUCAAGAAUGUCUACUCUGGUAGCAACCCCAAGGAUUGGAAGUACCCCGAUAUGAAGAAGGAAGGAGAAAUGAACCAAGGCGAUGAUGUCUGUGGUACCAUCCACGAAGUCGGUGAAGGAGUUUCAGAGUUCAAGAAGGGCGACCGCGUCCUUGCUUUCCACCAAAUGCUCGCUCCCGGCGGCUCCUACGCCGAGUACUGUGUUGCUUGGGCUCACACCACCGCAUACCUCCCUGAGAACGUCUCUUUCCAGGAGGGUGCUGCUAUCCCCCUUGCUGCACUCACCUCUGCUGUCGGUCUCUACGAUCGCCUGAAGCUGCCCCAGCCUUGGACCCCUCGCAAGGAUGAUGAGAAGCCUAUUCCUCUGGUCAUCUACGGAGCUUCGUCCUCGAUCGGUUACUACGCCACCCAGCUUGCCGUUCGUUCCAACAUCCACCCUAUCAUUGGUGUCGCUGGUCGCGCCAAGUCACAUGUAGAGAAGAUCCUUGACCCCAGCAAGGGCGACGUUAUCGUCGACUACCGUGAUGGCGAUGAGGCUGUGCAGAAGGGCAUCAAGGACGCACUCAAGGGCGCUCAGCUUCACCACUGCUUCGAUGGUGUCUCUGAGAAGGGCUCAUACCAGAAUGUCUCCGCUGCCAUGUCGGAGGGCGGCCACAUCACCCUCGUCCUGCCUGGCAAGGACUUCUCUGACUGCCCCCAGCACGUCAAGCAGUCCAUCACCAUGGUCGGAGACGUUCACAACAACCUCAAGGACUUUGGCUCAGUCUUCUUCCGUUACUUCGCAAAGGGUCUCGAGGAGGGUUGGUUCAAGCCUCAGCCCCAGGAGGUUAUCCCUGGCGGUCUUACCGGUGUCGAGCAAGGUCUUGCUAACCUGAAGUCUGGUAAGGCUUCAGCUGUGAAGUAUGUUUUCAAGAUUGCCGACACUCCUGGUGCUGGUCAGUCGUAA